AUUGAAAGUGUACAGAGAAGAUUUACAAAAUCUAUUCCGUUUCUACAUCAUCUCUCAUACCUGUCUCGAUUGCAUGCGGUUGGAAUGGAUACUCUGGAGCGUCGUAGGCUGAUUUCUGAUCUAUGCCUUCUCUACAAAAUACUUCAUAACCUCGUUCAAACUGACCUAAAUAGUCAUUUCAUUUCAUCACUGUACUUAUCAACUCAAGGACAUCAAAGCAAAUUGCGUGAUUUCAACAUUAGUGACAACUCAACCAAAUAUUUCUACUGCAACCAAAUCAUUCGAAUAUAG